AUGGCUGAAGCCCUUUUUUUCCCAAAGGAGGAUGUUGCCAAGCUGGAGCCUUACCUACCUGCUAUCGAUGCAACCCUACUAGUCGGACAGAAGCCUUUUGUUACCCUCACCUUUGCUACGUCUCUUGACUCGUCACUGUCCCUGGCUCCGGGUGUGCGUACCGCCUUAUCGGGCCCACAGUCCAAGGCCAUGACACACUACUUGCGCAGUCGCCAUGACGCCAUUUGUGUCGGCGUCGGAACUGCAGUAGCAGACGACCCAGGUCUCAACUGCCGCAUUGCGGACGAUACCGACGGAGCAGCAUCUGUCUCUGCGCAUCAGCCGCGUCCAAUUGUCAUCGAUCCGCACGACCGCUGGCCACUCGCACACGAAAGCCGCGUCUUGGCCACUGCCCGCCGCGGGCAAGGCUUGGCUCCCUAUAUUGUUACUGCUGUGCAACAGCCGGACGCUGCAAAACAGAAACUUCUCGAGAGCCAUGGUGGAAAGUACAUCAUUCUGAGCACAGUGCACGGUUCUGCCGCAACUGCUACCGCGCCGCCUGAGCCAUCUGACCGGUUCCGAUGGGAUGACGUCUUAGACAGUGUGGCUAGUCACGGCCUGCGCAGCAUCAUGAUUGAGGGCGGUGGGAAUAUUAUUAACACGCUUCUGGAACCCACCAACACCCAUCUCGUCCGUUCUGUCAUUGUCACUAUCGCGCCGGUAUGGCUGGGCCGUGGCGGUGUGAUGGUGUCCCCAAACCGCGUCCAUGGUGCCGAUAACCGGGCUGUACCAGCUGCGCGUCUCGCGGAUGUCAAGUGGCAACAGCUUGGAGAAGAUGUUGUUCUGUGUGGAAGAUUCAAUCGUUGA